AUGCUUGCAGCACGAUUUGCAGUGAGAAAUGGGUUUCGUAGGGCUUCCUACGCUUCUUCCAAGGCCAAAUUGCCUUUAGUUCGACAUAUCACUACGAAUUCGUACGGUGCUGCUUUCAAAGCGAACCAGAGCGUUUGGCAGAAAUGGCUUUACGGAGUGGGAAUGUUUGGUGCACUUUCAGCUGGAUUAUGGUAUUUUUACUGGCCCAGACACACGUUUUCAACCAGUGUGGCGAAAAUCUUAAGAAAAGCGUUGUGGGAGGAAAGUGAUCGGAAGGACCACGAUUAUCAGGCUGCCCUCAAAUACUACCUGGAGGCGCUGCAGGAAUGUGACAAGCUAGAAGUGGAUCCUAUCAGUGAUGAAUACACUGGUAUUGAGCUGAAAGUGGCCGAAAUGUACGAAAGACUGGACAUGGGCGACCGUGCCCACGAUUUGUAUUUGGAAAUGCUGUACCGGUAUUUCGACGCUUUACAUAGUCCGGGGCGUGUUGCGGAUAAUCUGAGACCGCAUUUGAUCCAAAAAGAUUUGCGCGUACUCAUCAAGUCUUUGGAGAUGAACAAAGACGUCCAGAUCGGAAAACGAAAUUUGCUGGCACAUCUGUUGUUAGCGCAAGAAGAAGUCCUCAGUCGUUCUCCAGAGCUCAAAAAAUACUUUGACAAACGCAAAGAGCGGACCGCAAAGCUGUUUCGAGGAGAUACCAUGGCAGCCCAACCGCUCGAGUUUCAAAACCUGGUGAACGAGGACAACAUCAAGCUGAAUGAGGAAUCGUACAUGAUUGUGGACUUGGCAAAAAACAGCAGUGCGUGGGAGCCGUUCAAAGAGGAGUUCUUCACCGCGAGAGAUCUUUAUACGGCCUACUGUUUGUCUACGCAAGACAUCACAUCCGCACUAAGCUGCAAACUCACCACUGUGGAGUGGAUGGUAAUGGCCGAUAUGCCUCCGGGUCAAAUAUUACUGUCUCAGGCUAAUCUGGGCUCCCUACUAUACCUGCAAGGAGAAAAUUUUGAAUCUAGGAUCCAUAAGCUGACUUUGCAGCGCGAACAAGCCGCUAACUCUUCCGAUGAUGACACCAUGAUAAGAACUUUGCGUCAGCUUCAUAAAAACAGAGAUUCGUGUUUUGAAAUGGCCCACAAGUGCUAUGACAGCAUUAUCAGAUUUUCCAAGAAAAACAAAAAGUUGAGGUUCAACGCCAAAGAUCUGAUGGACCCAUCAGCAGCUCACGCUAUUGCUCUCUCUAUUUACGGAACUGGUGUGAUCAGCCUGCAUAAACGAAACUGGGCCAAAGCGGAGAGACUCUUGAAUGAAUCCAUAGCUCUUGCCGAAGAAACGAAUUUCCAAGAGCUUCUCACCGAAGCCCAUCAAGAACUACGCAAAGUUGCAAUUGCCAAAGAGGCUGCUGCGUCAAAGUCCACAACCGAUACGCCAGCAAACUAG